UUUGUUUACUGCAGCGCAAUCUUCCGGAGGCGCCUCGAGAGCACGAUGUCGUUGCUAUCGGUUCACAGGAAACCUAAGAUUCGCGCACUGCACGGUUCACAGCUGCAGCACUAUCUUGGCAGCUUCAGAGACUCGGACGUCUCCCAGCUGCGAAGGGAACAAUCACCGGCCGCUAAUUCGCAGAGUGGGAACUCCCCUUCGGCGGUCAGGAGAUCUACGUCUUCCGUCAGUGUGCAGGCGUCAUCUCAUCGCAAACGCAAGGGCCCGUUUUCGUCGUCCGAAUUGCAAGCUCCAUCGUCGCACGUUGUGUCGGCGACGAUCAAGGUCUAUGCGAAUGUCCUGCAUCCGGACGUUCUCUACAAGACGGCGCAUGUUUCGCACUCGACGGCGGCGGCGGAUGUGGUGCGAGAGCUCAUAGACAGAUAUGCUGUCAAUGUGGAAGACAAGGAUCCCACCCGGUUUUGUUUGGUUGAGGCUGGAAAUGGUGCUUCACAUAUCCGAAUGCUUCAAGACAAUGAGCGUCCACUUUCCAUUCAGGCUGAAUGGCUCAAUGACACCUACUGUUUCCGUUUGUGUCGAAGACCAGACUACCAGGGCUCCCUAGAAGAUGCACCUGUCCACUACAAAGGAGAAAUGUCCGUCACAUUAACAACACCAUUUCAAGGAACAUACAGCUCAAUUAAAGUAGACUUUGAUGAUGAAACAACUGCAAGUCUGUUACUUGAACAGGCUUUGUUGGAGUAUGACGUAUCUCUGGAUCCUGUGCUGUUUUGUUUGCACGAGAUGUGGAUUGAAGAGCCAAGUCGAAGAACAAAGAAGAGGCAGUUGCAUGAUUCUGAAUUGAUAGUGAACGUAAUGCCAAGGGUGGCGAUAGGUAGAGUCACUCUGCAUCUCAGAAAGAAAACUAUUCGUAAAGAAAAGGUCAGAGUUCGUCAUCCAUCAUCAGAAAGCACGACAAGUGUAGCUACUCAGGCUAGCAGUGUUGGGUCAUAUGGUGAUUUGAGUCGUGGUCCGUCACCAUCUCCUGAUUAUCUUGCUGUUGCCAAUUUUGACUGUGACUGGGAACAGCGGUAUGACGAGAAGUCUCAGAAGCACUAUUAUGUCAACAAAAUCACACGUGAGAGCAGUUGGAUCAAUCCUGCCUCUUUCAGACAGCCCAACAUGGAUCCCGAUUUGCCGUUCGGUUGGGAAAGAGGGUACGACAAAAGAUCAAAGAGAAUUUACUAUAUCAAUCAUUUGACUAAAGAGACAACGUGGAAAAACCCCAAUAAACGCUCUGCGGAUCUUCACAGUCUGGGUGGCUCACAGGGGAGAGAUAUGACGAGCAUAUCUCCUGAUAGUGGUGCUUACAUCGACACACCAUCUCCGAGAGACGAAACAAUUGAUAUUGGCGGAAAGUCUGCGACGAAAGAAACCAGUCCAGUUGACCGAGACGGUGACGAAGUGUUCGUACUGCAGGAGACCACUAGUUCAUCUAAUAUUCAAUCGCCAAGCGACUCGUUUCAGGCUACUGCUCAAGUAGAUCCCGCGAGACGUGACGUUACAUUACAGGCUGCUCAACUUGGUGAAUUCGAAGAAGAUUCAAGUAGCUGUAAGACAGAAUCCCAGCAGACAGUCGAAUCGUCUCCAUCUGGUAAUGCUGAAGUCAGUAGUACCAGUGAUGCUGCCGCGACUUCCAUGUUCUUGUGGACGCCUCAACCCGAAAGACGCGGUACAUCUCCUGGAGACGAAUCCGUUGCGUUCGACCGCUCGUCUUUGUUCAAUCGCAGCGAGAGAACUCGUCGAAGCGCCCGACUUCGUGGUUUUAUGCUGCAAUCGCUGAACCAGGGAAUGGCCGGUGUGAUGCAAGAGAUCGCACGCGAAGGACGCGGAGGAUUGUGGACACCUCAAGAGAAUCGACGUCGAGUUUAUCCGCAAAGAGCAAAAAACAUUCACACGCUGUCAACGAAAGCACGAGCUUUGGACACGAGAGACAUGAUUCUAGAAUCUGGACGUAAAGCAGAGUCUUCCUUGACUUCUCAGAAAACGGAAAAAUCGGAUAUCUUGGAAGACCCAUCAAGGGAUACCGUCGGUCAGACGAGACCGGAUAGAUUGACUGUUUUCCGGUUUGAAGGAAGCGAAACAGCAGAAUCAGAUCGGAGUCCAGAAAAGACGAGAAAGUCGCCGAGACGUCUGUCUGGUGGAUCUCGAUCUCCACGCGAUGUAUACAAAAAGUCUGUUGACGUGCAGGCAGUCAAGGCGCGAGAAGAACUGAGAAGACUCAGUCGCGGCGGAAGUCCGAGCAGCUCAACCGAGAAUGAAACCGUCGACAGUGUAACUGUGGCAAGGAGUUAUCGGGAAAAUACACCGACAGCUCGAGUUACUCCAAACAACCACGUGUGGGGACCGAAUACGGUUACGUCGGACGAUCACGGUCGGGAAGACAAACAAAGUUUGCAUACUUCGAGCACGCACAAGACGGCAGAAGGACCAUCCCAUCAUGUUGGUACAGAGACAUCUCAUCUCCCUUUCAGUGACACACCUCAGAAGUUUCAAUCAUCUGUGGGCAUGAGCAGUAAGAUUGAUAGUUCAACAUCACAAUUGACGCCGUUGUCUGCAAGCGAGGCGGGUAGCGUGAGUACAAGUAAUGAUUCUCAUGUUGUUCCGUCGGCAACGGUUACCGUCGAUCCGUCGGGCUCAAUAAUUGCUCGCGCUUCUAGCGGCGGAAAACUGCAGGCUGUUGCUACCACUGAAACAACCGAAGUGACGACUACGACUGAAGUAAUGGAAAUAGCAUCUUCACCGCCAAAGAAAACGAGAACUACAACAACGGAAAAGAAGACUUUGACUACUGCCAAGGUUAUUCCUGACGAAUUAAUCGACCAAGGGAACAAACAAGCGCCGACAGUAUUAGAGUCGCGUAAGGACGACGAUCUUGUCAAAGAAGACAAAAAUGGAUUGGCUGCAAGCAGAGAAGAGAACGAACUGAAGAAAACGACAGUCGCCUCGUUUUGUGUAGAGGAAACAAGCCAUGUAGUGCAAGAUACUCUUGUUGAAGGAGAUGACGACAGUUUCUUUUUGCAGCCGAAAACUGGUAAGGAAGAUGAAGUCAGUUCUAACCAAGAUGUAGUAAUAGAAUCUAAUCGAACUGAAGAUGUUUGCCGACGACACACGAGUGGGAGUGAAAGCGAUCGAAGCUCUUCGCUGGAACCAGAAAUUGAACUCUUCUCUAGCAACUUUGUGGAGCAGAAGGAGUCUAAAGUAACGUCCAGAAACACGGAAAGCGAUCCACCUUCAAAUUCCUCUUUAUUCACAACAGAGGAUUCAAAGUCGAAGGUAAACGAUAAUUGUCGUGAAGGAAGAAGAGAAGAUGCUAGAACUAAUAAUGUCGGUGAUGACGACAUUCCCUUUAUCUCACACUUAAAUCGUCGUCGUUUCAGUGCUUCUGCCGAUCUGGAAUCGUAUUCUAUCAAUUCGGGAUGUGAUAGCAGUCCGGCACGCACGAGGAAUUCGGGGUGGAGGGCGAAACUGGGAAGGUUAUAUGCUAGCAAUGAGGACGAUGAAUGGGUACAGAAGAGACGACGGGGGCGAAGUUUGUCUGUAACUGCUGUGCUAGAACUCGGUGAGAAGGACGGUCAGAUAGAUAAGAAAGAACUCAAGGAGGAAGCACAGGAUCAUUUCAAAGGUCACGUCAAGGAUCAGGCGAGCUCAAGCGAGAGGCAGUCGAACAAGACACCGGAGACGUUAGCACGUGAAGACAGAACAGCAAAGAGACGAUCUUUUUUUGAACCGACACGAACCAGCUCGCUGUCUGUUGCUUCAGCGAGGAAGAGUGAUGUGGCGAGCCUGAAGCAGGACACGAGUCCCAAACUGCAACUAAAGCCUCACAUCGAAACCAAGAUUCCAUCUCGAAUAUUAGCAGAAAAGCAGUCAGCAAAACCAGCAAUGAAUGCCACUGCAAGCGUUUCUACCGGUUGGACAAGCAAGCCACAAGACGGAAAUGAGAGGAAGUCACGGCCAUUGUUUGACAGUGUGGCCACUCGUCGGCAGAAAUUUGAGGAAGGAGAAAAGAAACGAGAAUCGAACUUGCGGUCAAAAGAAACCCAACAACCGACUGAUGCAUUGAAUACAAACAAUUCCAAUAAACUGGCGCAAGAAGAGAAGGUUCGCUUGGAAACGGUAGCUAGUAAUAGUGAUGAACAAAAGAAUGAUUUACAGAGAGACGGCAGUAAGUCGUUACAGACUGAAACGCGUGAAUCUGCUGACACGCAGAAGGAUGUAAUGGCUGGCCGUGUUUCAAGUCUAGACAGUUCUACGCAUACAAUGGCCAAAGAUGAAGCCUCGACUCCUACUACUAGUGAUACCGUCUCGAAGCAACAAGAAUCUGGGUCGGAGUCAAGAGAUGAGUACUCUGCUAGAAGGAAGUUUUUCGAGCAACGAGACCGACGGGGCAAACCUGCUGAACGAUCUAGUUUGCCUUCGGCAUCUGUACAGCGUUCACGCUCUUUCCAGCUCCGCUCUUCGUGGUUGGCAUCACCGAGAAAUGCUUCUCCAUCUACGAGCAAAAAGGGAAACGUCAUCAACUCGGAAAAAGUCGGGAAUUCUGCGGUUCAAGGAGAAACUAACAGACUCAGUCCCAACGCGAAGAAAUCACCUCGACUCGGUAGGUGCAGUCCUCGUACCGGUCGGUCAUCUCCCAAAUCUCCGAAAGAGAGACUGAAACAACUAGAAGCGGAACUUGAGCAAAUAGAGUCAGAUGUCUACAGACUGUUACCAGGGCAACCAGACCAAGUAGAAGUCAAGAAUGAGGCGUAGCAAUGAACAUAGAACUAAAGGCAUCUCGACUUUUCGGUUUUGUCUUAAAUUUUGUAUGGUUUAAUUAGUGACAAGAAGGCGGAUGAAAUUUGGUUGUAAGAGUCACAUUCUAGAGGCAUAUUCUCAGUGAAACGAUGAUAUCUUAUCGAUUUGUAUAAGCUGAAGAUGAUAAUAGACAUUUGCAGACGAGUUAUAGACAGUUCUAUAUAUCUUAAUUGUUUUCUACAAUGUCAUUGAAAUAUAAAAUGACAGCUAGCAUUAUAAUAAAACAUCUACAAAUGUGCUUAAA